AUGCCGCCAGGAACACCAAGCGUCCGCGUCACCAGGUGGCUAGAAAACGUGCGCGACGAGGCGAUGGCGCCGCCUGUCAAUGCCGGAGACGUCCCUGAUCAACCCCCCCCAGCUACUUGGGACUUCAACAAUCUCCCUCACAUCGUCAACGCGCCCGCGCAGCAAGUCCCGCCUAACAUGGCUCAACCUCCUAGCAACGGAGCUCAACAGGCAGAUUGGGACGUGAUCGAUUACAACACCGUCUUUGGCAACGACAUGGACCUCGAAUCAUUGGAGGCUCUUCACCAUACUCAAGACACAGACACGGCCCUGUCGAUCCUGAACCUGAUCCGUCUCUAUCGCUUCAUGCGGAACAAGCGCGGGGAGUGCGUCGCUCGGCUCAAAAACUCUCUCAUCGAAGUGACGACGGUAUCUCUGCAAGGCAAGGCGCGGAUCGAGUUUGAGCGAGGUGGCAUUCCCUACAGCAGCCUUAACAGGCAUCCAGAGGAGGAGGCCUGGGGAAAGCUGCCAUCCAAGGACAUCGGCCCGCUCACAACCCCUCAUAACUACUCGGUGUUCCUACAAAAGUUCGUCGAUGCUUCCGCAGUUGAGAUUGGCAUGAUGGCCGUCGCCGUCAGCGACCCAAUCGAGGGAGCUUACAGCUCUACUGUGGACCGCCUUCGCGGAGACAACUAUCCGGAGGAACGAGAAGAGUGCGGGGAUUAUGUGCGCCAAAUGAUUGGCGAGGGAGUAGAGGUGGCAGCGAAAGAGGUGGAUAUCGCAGAGGUCCUCACUGCCAAAGCCAUCUCCGUCUUGCAGAAGCUCUGA